UUCUCUCUCAUCUCUCGCUCCGUCACAGCCGCUCUCCACAGCGAUCUCUCACAGCUCUCGAUUUCUCGCAGCAAUCGAUCUCCAAAUCGCUCGAUCUCUCACAGCUCUCAAUCUCCAGAUCUUCUCUCAAGAUUCCUUUGUAGUAUUUGGAAGAAUCAUUUAAGAUGGAAAUUGAUUCAGAGUCGAACGUAAAAGUAUCAGAGGAAGCUGCAUCAUCUAUGCAAGUAGAAUCUGCAAGUUCACCUGGAAUCAAAGUGAUUUAUUGGUUUUUAAAUAUGUUGCUACUUGCUAGUCAACUGGUGAAGUGAAAGAUGAUAUUGCGAAGUCCAUGGAGAAGCUGCAGAUAGACCAGUCUUCCUCUGGGACAACUAAUUUCAAGAGGAAACCAGUUAUUAUCAUUGUUGUAGGAAUGGCAGGAAGUGGCAAAACAACAUUCCUUCAUCGAACUGUUUGUCAUACGCAAGCUUCCAACACAAGGGGUUAUGUAAUGAAUCUUGAUCCUGCUGUUAUGACUCUCCCUUUUGGUGCCAAUAUUGACAUAAGAGACACUGUUCGUUACAAGGAAGUCAUGAAACAGUUCAAUCUUGGACCCAAUGGAGGGAUAUUGACUUCUCUAAACUUGUUUGCCACAAAAUUUGACGAGGUGAUAGAAGUAAUUGAGAGGCGAGCAGAUGAACUUGAUUAUGUUCUUGUGGACACCCCUGGCCAGAUUGAGAUCUUCACUUGGUCUGCUUCUGGAGCAAUUAUCACUGAAGCUUUUGCUUCAACUUUUCCAACUGUGAUUGCGUAUGUUGUUGAUACACCUCGUGCAGAGAGUCCAAAUACUUUUAUGAGCAACAUGCUUUAUGCUUGUAGCAUUCUUUACAAGACCCGUUUGCCAUUGGUUCUGGUAUUCAAUAAGACGGAUGUAGCCCAACAUCAAUUUGCUUUGGAGUGGAUGGAAGACUUCGAGGUGUUUCAUGCUGCGCUAGAUUCAGACAACUCUUACCCAUCAACUCUUACUCGAAGUCUUUCUCUUGCUUUGGAGGAAUUUUAUAAGAAUUUGAGGGCUGUUGGCGUUUCAGCAGUAUCUGGUGCUGGGAUGGAUGCUUUCUUUAAAGCUAUUGAAGCAAGCGCGGAUGAGUACAUGGAAACUUACAAAGCUGAUCUCGAUAAGAGACGAGCAGAGAAGGAACGAUUAGAGGAAGAACGCAGGAAAGAAAACAUGGAAAAACUGAGGAAGGAUAUGGAGAAAUCCGGGGGUGGAACCGUCGUACUCAGUACUGGCUUAAAAGACAAUAACGAUAAAGAUAAUACGAGCAGGAUGGAGGAGGAAGAUGAGGAAGAAGAUGAGGAUGAAGAUGAAGUUGAAAUGUAUAGCGAUGAUGAUGAUGAUGAUGAAGAUGAUGAUGAAGAUGAAGAGAUUGCAAGUUUUAAAUUCUAAAUGUAAAUGCUUAGCAAAAACUGUAAUGAAUUCAUGAUGGGUUGGAUGUUUAUUGUAUGGAAUUGGUGGUGGUGGUGGUGGUGGUGAAAUGCGCCAAGUUUUGUAAUCAUAUGACGGACGCAUUUGAUUCAAUUAGAGAAAAAGAGACGGUUUGGAUCU